AUGGGUUGUGGAGGUUCUAGGACGGAUGCUUUGGAACCACGUUACUUGGAAAGCUGGACAAAAGAGACGGAAUCCACAUGGCUGACCAGCACAGAUGCAGACAUACCCCUGUCCUCGAUCCACAGCAUUCCCUCAGAGAACUCCUCAGAGGUUGGCUUUGCAUCUGAGAAAAUGGCCAAUCCUGAUAUCUUUGACGACGGCCUGCCAGCUCCUGCUCAGGCCUAUCUGAAGGUGUGUUCUGCCAUGUCCGAGGCUGGUCUCAAUGAUGUCAAAGCUGGUGGUCCUCCUUCAGAAUUAACCUCCCAAGACCAAGAAGGAUUGUCCUCUCCUGGCACCACAGUGCAGAGGAGAAGUGUCUUAUGCACUGAGGAGAUUACCAAGUGGCAAGACAACCGAAUGUCUACCAAGCAGGUAACCAUCACUGUAACUCAGAGCAUUCGUCAAGUGGACAAGAGUGGAAAGAUCAAGGAGAAGUCUCACACCACCUGCGAGGUCAUGAAACCUCGGGAUAGCUUGAAGGAAGCUGCAGUAGACUCUGUUCUGAAAUGAGAACGAUAACCGAGACAGCAGUUCAUGUGGGCUGACAUCUGUAGGUCUUCUGCCUUGUGAAAACUGUGAUGAACAAUAGGCACCAUGGACCAAAGAAGAACAGAAGGCAGGUCUGAACUCAAUUCUAAGGAAGUACAUCAGGCCUGUGAUUGGCAAUGUAGUCUCAACUGAGAGACUUUAUUAGAAAACUUUACAUUUUGGUGGUCAGAAGGUUUAUCUUGUAAUUCACAUUUUCGCUAAUUUACACCAAUUUAUGUGUGCUUUUAUGCAUCCUUAUACAUUGCUACUUCUUUACUGUAACAGUGGUAGCUGACUCUGAUUUAAAAUAGUUUGAUAAGGAUGUUGUAAAUGCCACCGUUUUAUAAAGGUUUACAAAACAGGGUACAUAUGGGACAAUCAAAAGAAUAUACCUGAAGACCUCUAAAUCCACUUCAAAUUUAUGAUGCAUACAUUUGCAAAAAGGAAUGGUUUGACAAAAAAUCUCAUUUACAUAAUUUUCCCCUUACCCCAGUUGUAGUCGAUUAGUCAAGACUUGUUUGUUGGAAGUUUAAUUAUUUACUUCUGCACUGAAGCAACAAGGGUAAUAUAAAAGAAGCCAAAAAUGAUUUUGGGCAACAGACAUCUAUUACC